AUGUUAUAAUUCAUACUUUAUGAACAGAACGUGGUUGCGAAAUGUACAAGCAAUAUGUUUCCAGAUUUCGACUGCGAUUGUUGAGAACUUAGAACAAUGCAAAAAGAAGUCAUGUAAUGAUAAAGCUAAUGUCUUCAAUUUGGUCCAUAGAUCUAAUGGAAUAUAUUGUGAAACACAACACUGUCAGUGGAAUAUUACAUCAGAAGAUUAUGCAUUCAACUUUAUGUCAAACAAAUAUAUCCGUUCAGAAGUAUAUAGUCUUUCCCAUAAAAUUAGACCUUGCUUGAGUUUGCACCAAACCAAACCAGUUGGGUUUCCAGUAAGUGUACCGCAACAGUGUGGUAAUCCGGGAUACAUUAAAAAGCACCUGUUACAUUCGACAGAUCAAGAAAUGCUUAACGUCUUCUGUGAGUCGGGAUCGAAUACAUUUAUAUAUCACGAAAACGAAAAAACAUACAUUGCUUAUAAGUGUAAUAGCAACCACGAAGGAACAAAUUGGCAGUUCUAUGACAAUAAUUGCUAUGACGACAAAGCUUUAACAAAAUGGUGGAUCGUCCCUUAUCCCGGUACCCCAAACUGCCAUUCGAAUAUAUUUACACAAGUGCGAAUGAGGGCAUCUUGUCAGAUGUCCAGUUGUGACUCGGAUGGUUUUGAAAAGGUUUACUCUGCCAGAGAUUUACGACAAUGUAUGUUGUAUGCAUGUGAGAAGGGGUACAAUGUCAUCAACUUUUUCAGUAACGACGACUUUGUUGAUUGUGAGUUGAGACAUUGUAGUAAGUCUAAAAAUGGUUCCUAUGACUUAAGAUAUGGAAAAAUGAGUGGGACAUAUGGAUAUGAUGUAUACGCAUUGCUACCUGAUAACAGCAUCUUAAACAAAACUGUUAAUCAAAUAGAAAACAAAACAUCUGUGCCUG